GGCAGGACUUGAACGCAGCAGGAAUGACGCCUUCUUCAAACCGCCUACCCAUGAAAACAGACUUUGCAGAAGAGGCUCCUUAUCACUGUGCGUUGGGAGCCUGGACGUUUUGAUAAGCCUCUCAAAAUCGCAAAGCAGAGCUGCUUUGAAGAAGCUGCUGAGGUGAAGAAAGCCGUCUGUUCCUGAGAGUCCUGGCUGCCUUCCUUCUCUUUCAGACGUCAAGAGGAACCUGGACUCCCUCUGGAUAAAGACGCACCAUGUGUCAGAACUGCAGAUGUCUUGCUACUGCCUCAUAGACGGCCGCUCCUACAAUAAACCUUUCCCUCUAAUCUGAGGACUUUUCUAAUCCUCACCGUUGUCCACUGUUCAAAAUGAAGAAGGUGGCGGCAUGGUCGACUAAAGAUGUUUCUGAUUGGCUGAGCAAAGAGGGUUUGCCAGAGUACACCGAUGCCCUCCGUCAGACAGACGGCCCUGCUCUGCUCAGGCUCACCAAGGAAGAUUUCAAGAUGCCUCCUCUCUCGAGGGUGUCACCUGACGGCGGGAGUCGGCUGUUGGAGCAGAUGGAGAUCCUCCGGAUAGAGACCCACAUCGAGGAUCAUAAAAACGGUCACGCAAACGGCCACGUAGCGGGAAUACCCAACGGAACUAGUAAGCCUCAGAGAAAUGGCACGCUGGGGAGGAAAGACUUUGAGCAGGAGAUGAUCCACAUUCCUAUGCCAACAGUAGAACCUACUCGCUCCUCAUUCCCUACAGAGUGGGGGAAGACAGGCAUAGCAUUCAUCUAUGCUGUGGUGUGCUUCGUCACCACCAGUGUCGUCAUUUCAGUGGUCCACGAACGAGUUCCUCCGAAGGAGCACACUCCGCCGCUGCCUGAUAAGUUCUUCGACCUGUUCGACAGGCGUGAGUGGGCUUUCUCCAUCUGCGAGAUUAACGGUAUGCUGCUGGUGUUCCUGUGGCUGAUACAGUGGAUGCUUCUCAAGCACAGAUCAAUUGUAGGCAGAAGGUUCUUCUUCAUUGUAGGAACUCUCUAUCUCUACCGAUGUAUUACAAUGUAUAUCACUACUCUUCCAGUUCCCGGGAUGCACUUUAAGUGCUCACCAAAGCUUCUCGGGAACUGGGAGGCACAGAUGAGGAGAAUAAUGAAAAUGAUUGCCGGCGGGGGCCUCUCCAUCACAGGCUCCCACACCAUGUGUGGAGAUUAUCUAUAUAGCGGCCACACUGUCAUGUUAACGCUCACGUUCCUCUUCAUCAAGGAGUAUUCCCCCCGGCGCUUUUGGUUGUACCACUGGGCCUGCCUGGCACUGAGCGCCAUUGGGAUUUUCUGCAUCCUCCUGGCCCACGACCACUACACUGUGGAUGUGGUCGUGGCGUACUUCAUCACUACCCGCCUCUUCUGGUGGUACCACACGAUAGCCAACCAGCAGUCGCUGAAGGAGACGUCACAGAGCAACCUGUUGUCACGGGUAUGGUGGUACAAACUCUUCCAGUAUUUCGAAGAGAACGUGAACGGCACAGUUCCUCGGAAUUACCAGCUGCCCCACGCAGUGCGGGCAAUGCACUGGAACCGUGGUGUGAAGUACAGCCGACUGGACACGCAGUGACCCCCGUGGAGCUGAAGCAUGCAAGGACUGUGACUUAAACAAGUGCUAUGUUUGUUUUGUUUUUUUUGAAUCUGUGGAAGAUGACACCGUUCCAUGUAGAGCUGUCCUUUUCACCCUUACUAACAGGAGUCUCCCGGUCUAAAUGGGUAGCACUGUGACCGUCUAGACAUUUUGUUUUUUCUUCUGUUGUACCUUUUUCCAUUUCUGUUUUUGUAAGCACACUAAUUUAUUUGAUUUUACUUCAGUGGGAAUGGGUCACAAACAUUUCUGCUAGUGUUAGCAGAUGUAUCAUUUUAAUAAACUUGUAAAGCUCAAUUUUUUUUUUCCCUCAGCACAAAAGCAUCAACAGUUUUCUGUUUCUAGACUUUCUAGUUCAGUCGGUGUCAAACAGAUGCUUAUUUGAGAACCAAAAUGCCAUAAGUUUUACUUUCUUUUUUUUUUUUUUUUUUUAUAGCUGCUUGCUUUUGGUAAACUCUCCUUGCUGAAAUGAAUCAAAGGUGCAGAUGAUAUUUUUUCUAAAUAUGUCAAACUUUAUUUUUCAAUAGCAAAAUGAUCUCUAGCUAAA